UGUUCUCCCGCACUGACAUUUUGAAAAUCGGUGUUUUGCGUUCAGCAGUUUGGGAGCAGCUGGCAGACAAAUGUUUUAAAAACAGCGAGUUGCUGCGAUGUUAUCGGGAGAGGACGGUGCCCAGCUGCAGUGCAGCGUGACGGUGGAGCAGCUGAACAGCUCCGGACAGGCCACCCGGAGGCAGGUCAUCCGUAAAGCCUCUGUUAUUCUGGGCCGGAAUGAGUUCCAGGAGAUCAUCCUGAGACUCCACGACGGGAAAGUCCCGCAGAGUUACCAUUUGAAAGAGUUUAAACUUUUCACCAAGUUUGCCAGAGAUGGGAAGUGCACCGUGAAACUGCUCCCUGAAAACAUCCAGGUUCUCAUGUCUAACUGUCCGCCUGACCAGCUGAGCCUCUUUCUCAAAACCCUGAGCAUCAAACACCAGGUCUGGCAGGGCAGCAAGCCUCUGAGCGACCGAGAGAAGCUCAAGGCAGGUCUGCCCCGCAGCUUCGAGGCCAUCAGCCCCCUGCAGCAAAAAGAUAUCCAGAAAGUCAAUGAGCUGAGAAGUAAAGUGGCUCCUAAUGGACUGGCAGAACGCACUAAUAGGAUGAGUGUGGCAGGUACAGGACAGCAGGUCAAACGCUCCAGGAGUGACAGUAACUUCAGUCCAGUAAAGGCCAACCCAAGCAAGAAGCCCAUCCUCUCUUUACCAUCACGCAAGCUAAAUAAAGAGCAGGCUGCUGUUCUCAGUGCAGUGCUGAGUGGAAAGAAUGUCUUUUUCACUGGAAGUGCAGGUACAGGAAAGUCUUUCUUGCUAAAGAGAAUCAUGGGAUCUCUCCCACCAAAGAGUACUUUUGCCACAGCCAGCACAGGAGUGGCUGCGUGUCACAUCGGAGGAACAACGUUACAUAAUUUUGCUGGAAUUGGCUCAGGCUCUGCCCCACUGGAGCAGUGCAUCGAGCUGGCUCAGAGGCCCGGGGUGCUGCAGCACUGGAAUAGUUGUCGGCACCUCAUCAUUGAUGAGGUUUCCAUGGUGGAGGCGCAGUUCUUUGACAAGCUUGAGGCGGUAGCUAGGUCAGUGAGGAGGUCUGCUGAGCCGUUUGGAGGCAUCCAGCUGAUUGUAUGUGGUGACUUCCUUCAGCUGCCUCCAGUUUCUAAAGGAAAAGAGAAGGCCAGCUUCUGCUUCCAGGCAAGGAGCUGGCGGAAGGUCAUCCAGAUCAACAUGGAGUUAAUGGAAGUGCGGAGGCAAACAGACCCGAGCUUCAUCUCCCUCCUGCAGGCAGUGAGGGUGGGAAGGGUGACAGAGGAAGUUACAGCUAAGCUGAUGAAAAGUGCCUACCAUCAGAUUGAAAGGGAUGGCAUUCUAGCAACCAGACUGUGCACACACAAGGAUGAUGUAGAUCUCACCAAUGAGAACAAACUCCAGCAGUUACCAGGGUCAGCACGUGUGUUUGAGGCACUGGACAGCGAUCCAGCACUGGUCAAGACUAUAGACGCUCACAGUCCUGUCAGCAGAUUGAUCCAACUCAAAGUGGGAGCUCAGGUCAUGCUAACAAAGAACCUGGAUGUUGUUCGAGGUCUGGUGAAUGGAGCACGGGGUGUUGUGGUUGGUUUUGAGUCUGGAAAACAUGGACUCCCACGUGUGCGUUUCCUGUGUGGUGUCACAGAGGUUCUGAAGCCAGAGCGCUGGGUGUUUAAGUCAGGCGGUGGGAUACACCUGAGCCGACAGCAGCUGCCACUCAAACUAGCCUGGGCCAUCUCCAUCCACAAGAGCCAGGGAAUGACACUGGACUGUGUGGAAAUCUCUUUGGCUCGUGUGUUUGAGAGCGGCCAGGCUUACGUGGCCCUGUCUCGGGCUAGGAGCCUCAGCGGUCUAAGGGUCAUGGACUUUGACCCCCGUGUGGUCCGGGCAGACCCAGAGGUCCUCAUCUUCUACAAGAAACUGAGGAAGGAGAGGUUGCUCAUGCAGGCCUCCAUAGAUGAUUUUGUUAGUAACAACAAAGAAAAUGCAUGCUGAGGAGACUACCUCUAAAUCCACUGUAAUGAUAUGCACUGUGUGCAUGAGUUAUGCUGUUCCUGUACGUAAUCUUUUUCUGACUGCAACCUGCCAUCUCUAUUUGGAGUCACACUGCCACCAUCUGGCCAUCACUGUACAUUUGUAAGAGCUUAUUUUUAUUAU